AUGACGGUGGGCCACAUAUGCCCCGACGCGACGGAUGACAUCACACAUCGCGCAUAUGCCAGAGUUGGCCUGCUCGGCAACCCCAGCGACGGAUACUUCGGCAAGUGCAUCUCGGUCUCGGUUCAAAACUUCUUCGCGGAGGUGACGUUGACCCCAAAUCAGCAGAUGUUCAGCUCACGCGUGACCAUCGAGCCCGGACCGAGCGACUCGACCGUGUUCGAGAGCCUCGAAACGUUGGCGGUAACAACGGCCAAGAGCGGCUACUACGGCGGCGUGCGCCUGCUGCGCGCCCUGUGCUUCAAGUUCCAGGAGUACUGCGCCGAGAGGGGAUACGACCUCGCCGAGCGCGGCUUCACGCUUGAGUACGAGUCCAACAUCCCAACACAGGCGGGUCUGAGCGGUUCCAGCGCCAUCAUCGUCGCCGGACUGAAGUGCCUCAUGCAGCACUACAGCGUCUAUAUUCCACUGGAGGAACAACCCGCGCUCGUGCUGUCUUGCGAGCACGACCUGGGUAUCAACGCGGGGCUUCAGGACAGGGUGAUCCAGUGCUACGAGGGCGUCGUGUACAUGGACUUCUCAAACGAGGAGAUGGUUCGAACCCAGGGCAAGGGGGUGUACACACGACUGCCCGAGACGUGCCUUCCGCCCCUACACAUAGUCUACGACGAUAACCCCAGCGACAGCGGCAAGGUGCACGCCGACGUCAAGCAGCGAUGGGAACGAGGCGACGCGGACGUCAGGUCGAAGAUGUCCAGAAUCGCGGAGCUCGCCGAGCGCGGGUACAAGGUUCUGUCGUCGAUUGGCACAGAUAAGCAGACGGGCGAGCCCAUGAUCGAGCUCGGAAUGCUGAUGAACGCCAAUUUCAACCUGAGGAAGGAGAUGUUCGGCGCCGAGGCUCUGGGCGCCAGGAACGUUGAGAUGAUUGACACCGCGCGAGGGACGGGGUCCUUUGCCAAGUUCACCGGCAGCGGCGGCGCAGCCGUGGUGCUGUGCCCCACGAAUAGCGAGGAGGAGCGAGAGGCGAUGUACGCGGACUGCGAGGCGAAGGGGUUUAAGGUGUGUCCGCUCGUGGUGAAUCCAGGGAAACCAUCGGGAGGUGCCGCGUAG